AUUGAUGAUGAGACAAGUAAAUCAAGAGAAUUUAACAAAAUGGUCAAAUAUAACAAAGAAUUCAAUGAAAUCUGAUAUAGAUAUAAAUCAAAUUUAUGCUAAUUCUACUUGUACUCCAUCAACAUCAUCAUCAUCGCUAUCAUCGAUAUUAUCGUCACCAAUAGUAACAACAAUAACAACAGCGGCGACGAUGACAAUGAUAAAUAGUAAUAAUAAUAAAAUCAGUAAUUCGUGUAUUUCUUUAUCUGAAAACAAUCAGAUUACUGAAAAUAAUAAUCCUCACAGUGAUGACACAACAAUAAUGCCAAUAAACAAAUCAAUUCACCAACUCAUUCAAUCAGUCCAAUAAGAAAUAAAUUUGUAUUCCCACCACUUUUAACAAAUAGAUUAUUAUCGGCGCCAAUCAGUAAUAAUAACAAUAAUAAUCAUUUAAAACAACUGAAUUAUACACAUGAUACUACUAAUAACAGUGGUAGCAGUAGUAUUAGUAAUAGUAGUCAUAUGUUAAUGUCUCGUGAAGAAGCCUUAGUUACCCUUUCAGAGAAGACAUCCUAUCCAAUCUUACAAGAGAACGGUCAACGUCGUUAUGGUCCCCCACCGAAUUGGAUUGGACCACAACCACCAAGAGGUUGUGAAGUAUUUAUUGGUAAAAUACCAAGAGAUUGUUUUGAAGAUGAAUUAGUCCCUAUAUUUGAAUUAGUUGGUAAAAUAUAUAUGUUUCGUUUAAUGAUGGAUUUUAGCGGUUGUAAUCGUGGUUAUGGAUUUUGUAUAUAUACAAAUCGUGAAGACACAAAACGUGCCGUCGCUGAAUUAGAUUGUUAUGAAAUACGUAAAGGGAAAAUGUUAGGCGUAUGCUUUAGUAUUGAUAAUUGUCGUUUAUUUGUUGGUGGUAUCCCAAAAUCAAAGACAAAAGAAGAAAUUAUGCUUGAAAUGCUUAAAGUUACUGAGGGUGUUAAAGAUGUUAUUGUAUAUCCAAGUGUUGCAGAUAAAACAAAAAAUCGUGGUUUUGCAUUUGUUGAAUAUGAGAAUCAUAAAGCAGCAGCUAUGGCUAGACGUAAACUAAUCCCCGGUAGAAUUCAUUUAUGGGGACAUCAAAUUGCUGUUGAUUGGGCAGAACCAGAACGUGAAGUUGAUGAAAAUAUUAUGUCAAAAGUUCGUAUAUUAUAUGUAAGAAAUUUAAUGUUACAUACAACAGAAGAUGCUGUUAAAGAUCAUUUCAAUCAAGCUAUUGGUGCAGUUGAUGCUGUUGAACGGGUGAAAAAAAUUCGUGACUAUGCAUUUGUACAUUUUCGUGAUCGUUUACAAGCGACAACAGCACUUCGUCAAUUAGAUGGUACAUUAUUCGAUGGAUCACAGAUUGAAGUAACUUGGGCAAAACCAGUUGAUAAAAAUGAAAAUUUAAAAUUGAAUCGUAACAGUAAUGGAAUAAUUACGCCUAAUCAUAAUAAUAAUAGUAUUAAUAAUAAUACUAUUAAUCACAUUAAUAAUAAUAGUAAUAAUAACAAUAAUAAUAAUAAUUUAGCUUUUUCAUCAUUUACAAAUUAUUUCCUAAAUCCAUUGAAUACAUCAACAUGUUCACGAUUGUCUAUACCGACGAAUGCACUGUCCUCAUCGUCGACAUCUUCAUCAACAUCAUCUUCAUUAUUGUCAUCACCAGUAUCGAUGACUCCAGCAUCGAAUUCAUACCUCCUUUCAUCAUCAUCAGUAGCAGCCGCAGCACCCUUAUCAUUAUCAAAUAUAAUAAAUUCAAUGAAUUUAAUAAAUAAAAAACAUCAAAUCAAUCCAUCAAAUACAUUUCCUUUAUCACCAUCAUCGUUAUUAAUCAAUAAUCAAUCAAUAUUAUCAUCAAAUCAUCAAUUCAAUAAUCAUCAUCAUCAUUCAGAUAGAAUAAAUUCAAUUAAAGAAUUAAAAGGUAUAAAACUGUCAACACAUGAUUGUUUCAAUUCAUGCAUAGAUCAUAAUUCCAUUGGAGUAUAUUCAUCUAUGACACCAACAUCACCAACAGCAUCGAUAACAACAUUGACACCGUCGUCGUCGAUAUCAUCAACAAUAACCACUUCAACGAUACCGCCAAUAUCAACAUCAUUCAAUGUGUUCAAUAGUAAUCAUCAUUGUCAAAUAUCACCAAAAUGGAAUGUUUUAAGUAGCACUUUAACAAAUAAUGCGAAUAAUAAUACACAUAUUACUGUUAAUACUAACAAUAAUAAUAAUAAUGGUGAUAUUAGUAAUCUAAUAAAUAAAACAAUGAAUAAACCAUCACCAUUAAUACAACAAAAUCAAAUUCGUUUAAAUGAAUUAUGUACAUCAAUUUCAUCUGUAUUAAAUAUUCAACAAAAUCAAAUACAAAAAUAUUCAAAUUAUGUAACAUUGAAUCCAGGGAAUAUUAUGUUCAACCAACAGUUCCCAGAAUGUUCCCCUGCAUCAAACAGUGUACAACCCACUCCACUAUUAUUAAAUCAAUCAAGUUCAAAUCCGAAUUCAAUAUUUACUAAUUGUGAGAAUGCUAUACAGUUUAAUUCUGGUUGUUUAAAUUUCAAGGAUCAGUGUAAAAUUGACAGUGAUAAAUUGCUAAUGGAUAUCUGUUUGAAAAAUGGAUUUGGUUCACCAAAAUUUACAACUUUGACACAAAGUUAUGUAGAUCAAUUGACUGGAAAAAAGAUGAAUUUAUAUACAGGUCAAGUUUAUCUACCCAACUUAAGUCGUCAAUUCAUCUCGAAUAAUCCGUCGAUUACAAUUGAAAAAUCAAUAAAACUAGCAAGUGAAGCAGCAAUCCAUUGUAAUAAUAAUAAUAACAUAUUCUCCACCGCCUCUGUCAAUACUCCAAUUACAGCUUCAUACAAUUGUAAUUCAUGCUCAUCUCAUUGUUUAUCAACAACAUUGAACACAUUGAAUGGAUUUACAGAACAAUCGCCUGUGAAUAAUAUACAUUGUCAGACAAAUUUAAAUUUGCCGCCAUUACAACUAGGAUAUUUAAACAAUGAAUGUGCUACAAAUAACAAUCAUAAUAACAAUAAUAAUAACAACAGUACUGUUGAACAUUUAAUAUCUUCUAAAAAUCUAAUAAAUUCUCAGCAUACUUUUGAUUUCAAUCAUUCAAUUCAUUCAACGUUUAAUAGUAAUAAUAAUAAUAAUGAAACUAAUAGUAAUAAUAAUUGUAACAUUUUUAUAGAAGAUUCACAAUUUAACAAAAUAAUUAAUGAUGAUGAUGAUGGUGAUGAUGAUGUUGGCUCUGUUGAGAGUAAAAACAACAAUAUUGAUGAUAUACUUGAGACAACAAAAGAAAUUGAUAGCAUUGAUGGUACUUCACAUUCCGUAUUAUCAAUUUUUCGUAAUAUUCAUAAUUUUCAACAAUCUCAAUCAAAUAAUCACAAUACUUUAAGAAAUAAUGAAUUUUCAAUUCUGUCGAACAUUAAGAAUGGAGGUAAUAAUGAUAAGAUUAGUAAUAAUGAGAAUAAUAAUGAUAGUGAUAAUAUUACUGAUGAAGACUGUACUCUUUUUGAUGAAAUCAAUGGAGAUAAUGAAAUAUUCAGUAAAAUGAAUGGUAAUAUUAAUAUUAAUAAUAAUAAUAAUGAUACGCUUCCAGGUAUUAAUUUUAUGAAUAAAUCUAAUUUACAAAAUGAACAACAACAACAAUUCAAUAAAAUUUAUGAAGAGUCACCAUAUUUUAUGCUUGAUCAAAUUAUUAAUGAUAAUUCAACAUCAAUAAAUCAAUUCCACAAAUCAAUCGAUAUCAAUCAAAAUCCUAAAGUUGAUAAUUAUUUCACCAAUCAUAAUAAUAAUAAUGAUAAUGAUUUACAAACUGAUAUUGAUUUUAUUUCUAUAAUCAAUAAUGGUGAUAAUUUAAAUUUAAAUUCAAUAAUCAAUAAUAGUAAUAAUAAUCAAUAUGAAUUAUUUAGCAAACAAAUAAAAGAUAUUGAAAAUAUAGAAGGAAAUAAUUGUUUAAAUAGAAAUAUUUUACAAAAUAAUAAUGGUGAUAAUCAUAAUAAUAAUAUUAAUGAUAAUAACUAUGUACAGGAUGGCAUAGAUUUUAAUCGAUUAAUUCAUAAUGAUGAGUCAGAAGAAUCAAUAAUCAAUACAAAAUCGGAUUAUCUCCUACAACAACAACAACCACACAACAACACCAAUCAAAUUCAUUACAAAUCAUGCCUGAUAAGUUUCUCUGAGAAGAAUUAG